AUGCACUUAUCCUUCGUUAAGACGCGUCAUUCGAAGGUCGUGCUGUUGCACAUGCAUUUCGAUGUCAGCUUCCUUGCAUACAAAAAUAUUCAAUUACCAGGAUGGCUUUACCGCAUGUGGACCAUGUGCGGUUACGACAUGGCGCUGAACGUCGGCAAGUUGUCACCUUGGUGCGCCGUUUUUACCGCCGAGGAAAUGAGGGUCUUCGAAUACAAGGACGCCUUGGUUGACUACUAUAAGCGUGGAAACGCUCACGAAUACAACGUCCGGUUGGGCUGCCCGCCUCUGCGAGACAUGGUCGAUAGUUUCCGAAAAAUCGAAGGCGAGGACGGUGGCUACUCGGUGGAGCCGAAAGGCGUUUUCAACGUCGGGAGAUCGAGAAGCUACCAUUUGUUCAUGGCUGCCUUGGGCAUCGUCAACGAUUCCUCGCCCCUGCUAGCGAGCGAUUUCAAACUUAGGAAAAAAUACUUGUGGAAUACGACGGAGAUUGGAUCAUUCGGAGCCAACAUCGCGGCUGUAUUUUACAAAUGCAACGACACGGCCUCGCCUAACAAAGUCAAGUUUUAUCAGACUGAAAAGCCCGUCGACUACCCGGGAUGCGUGGAGGGUUUGUGCGACUGGGAGUACUUGAAGAAUAAAUUUCGGAAGCAGGUGUUGGAGUGCGACAACGUAGACUUCUGUUACAAAACUUUAAACGAAUCAUCGCGAGUUACUUUGCCACCAGUGGCAAAGUUGGUGCUCAUAUUUUCUGUCCUGAUUCUCCUAAUUUUCCGAAAGCCGCACCUGGAAAGAAUGUCGAAGAGAAUUCUAGUUUGUUGCGUUAGGCGCAGAAAUACGCGGCUCUUGUAA